CACACACUUGCACAACUAAGGUAAGCCUGAGAAUGGCAGGGACCGAACAGUUUUAUCUUUUUGAAAAUAUAUCCUCUGUGGGUCCAUGGGAUGGACCCCAAUAUCACCUUGCCCCAAAGUGGGCCUUCCAUUUACAAACACUGUUUAUGGGAUUUGUAUUUUUUGUGGGCACCCCUCUAAAUGGCAUUGUGCUCUUUGUAACACUGAAGUACAAAAAGUUGCGACAGCCACUGAAUUAUAUAUUGGUUAACAUAUCAGCAGCUGGUUUUUUAUUCGUUACGUUUUCAGUGUCUCAAGUAUUCAUUGCCAGUGCGCAAGGCUACUAUGUUUUUGGAAAGGUCUUAUGUGCAUUGGAAGCAUUUGUGGGAGCGGUGGCAGGUUUGGUAACAGGAUGGUCUCUUGCCUUCCUCUCUUUUGAAAGAUAUAUUGUCAUAUGUAAACCUUUUGGAAACUUCCGAUUUGGAUCCAAGCAAGCUUUGAUGGGUGUAAUUGGAACCUGGAUGAUUGGGAUCAGUGUGGGAAUCCCACCAUUUUUUGGCUGGAGCAGAUAUAUUCCAGAAGGCCUGCAGUGCUCUUGUGGCCCUGAUUGGUACACAGUGGGCUCCAAAUACAAAAGUGAAUAUUAUACUUGGUUCCUGUUCAUCUUUUGCUUCAUAUGCCCACUUAGUCUCAUCAUUUUUUCAUAUUCCCAACUUCUUUCAGCUCUCAGAGCCGUUGCAGCUGCUCAGGCUGAAUCUGCUACAACCCAGAAAGCAGAGCGUGAAGUAUCCAGAAUGGUGGUUGUGAUGGUGGGCUCAUUCAUUGUGUGCUACGGUCCUUAUGCAGCUCUUGCUAUGUAUAUGGUAAAUAACCAUCAGCAUGGUAUAGAUCUGCGUUUAGUGACUAUACCAGCUGUAUUCUCAAAAAGUUCCUGCAUCUACAACCCGAUCAUCUAUGCAUUCAUGAACAAACAGUUCCGCGCCUGCAUUAUGGAGACCGUCUUUGGAAAGCCCAUGACAGAUGACUCUGAAGUAUCCACCUCCAAUAAAACUGAAGUCUCCUCCGUCUCCACAAGCCAGGUCAGCCCCAGCUAAGAAAAGAAAAGCUGCCACCUUUGGAUCUGAAAGGCAAAGUGACAAAGGGGGCCAGUCAACGGAAGCUCAGUGUUUAAUGUGGUUUAACUAGUUCUUACAAUAUCGAACAGCAUGGUGUACGUUCUAAAGGAUAUCCAUUGUAUAUAUUUACUUUCUACAACUGUUGACGCAAUUUUGUUCUCAUAGUCAGUAGGAAGUAUCAAGUAUCUAAAAAGACUGGUUGUGCUAAUGAUAAAAGUAAUAAUAAAAUCAUAAAAGUUGUUUGGUGAAAAAAUGAACCACAAAACAAAAUGGAACUGAUUAUAGCAGACUGCAUGUUUAAAUCUAUUAUUUAACUCUAUAUCUAGGCUUUAGUUUUCACUACUCUUCAUACUCCCUCAUCUUUUUACCUUGAAUGGCACAAUUCAUUUGCUUGUAGAGUUAGAAAAACUUCUUAAGCAGUAGUAGAAACAGAAUUUUA